AUGUCACAGAAGUUCUUUUUGAAGCUGGAUAUGUACCUUCAAAUUCAGAGAAGUGCUUUGGAGGAAGUCCGUUUAUGUUUAACCAAGGAUUUCAAGUUCCGAGACUGUGUAACAGGAAGUGAUUGUCCUGAAUAUGUCAGCCUACCGGAAUUCGCUUUCUCAGAUGAUCUAAAUGGCACCAAGAUUGCAGAUCAAUCAUUUACUGGCCAUGAAUCCUUCUGAAUUAUUUGCCUGAUGAUGAAUGAUGUUUAUUUUACAGUCAUAGAAUACCAUUUUUAUUUAUGAAUAAGUCAAGGCAAACAUGAUACCAUUUCAAUUGAAUCUUUAAAACAUUAUGACUUCGACAUUUUAGGGUAUUUAUUUUUAUUAUAGUACCCCCAUUAAUGUACUGAACAGAAAAUUUGAUCGAAAACGAAGAUACAUUGAUUCAAAUAA